AUGAAAUUAAAUAGAGCUAUACUUCAAAUAAUUAGUACUAUUAAUAUAUCACUUUUGGUGUCAGGGUUAAAUGUUACACAACCAUCACAACCAAUACCACCAAUACCACCAGCUGCCAAUCGUCAUAAAUUUGCAAUUGAAACUAUCAACGAUUUAGUAUUGAUAUCCCAAACAUCAUUAUCAUGUAAUCCAUUAUUUGGCACUUUUGGCCCUGCUAUGAGUGUAAUGCAAGCAGCAUCCUGUACUUAUAAUGCUAUUGCCUGCGGUAUGAAUUUAAGUGCAAAAAUAUUAGAAGGCUGGGAUAUACUUGAAGAUGACACUGCUAUUAAAUCUUAUGUGAUGACGCUAAUGAACCAACAUACAAUGGACAAUUCAAAGACCGGAGAAGAGGCGCUAUACUUACAAGAUUUAAAUGAUAUCACUAAAUUUAUUCAUAGUGAAUCUAAUAAACUACAAAAGAUUCAUAACAAUUACGACAACAUUGAUAAUGUCAGUCACCUUGAUGAAGAGUUAAAAGAACAAUACAAAUUAAUUGGUACCAUUUUAUUGAAUCCUCUAGAUAUGCACACAGAUAUUUACUUUAAAGAUAUCACCACUGAAAAUUUUGGAAACACUAGAAUUGGAUGUGUAAACUUUCUUUAUGGUAAGAAUUCUAUUUUCACAAACACAAAUUUUCAAAUGGAAACUUGUUUCUCCAAACAUGGCAUCAAUGAAAUAGCAACUCAUUUCAAGGAAAGAGGUAUCGUUAAAGGUUCCGUUGCUGUUUAUAAGGCAAUGUCAGAAUUAGGAAUUACAAAAACUAUUCGAGCCCCUAAAGAAUUAUAUACAGCAUUUGCUAAAGCAUUCAUCGGCCAUUAUAAAGAAGGUGUUCAAAAAAUUAAUAAUCUCAUUGACAAAAUUAAUGAUACAGAAUGGGAUGGUGGCAAAUUAGAAUUUCAAUUAGAAGACAAAGGACAUUUCUUGAUGUCUUUAGAGGUAAGUAAAAGCCAAUAA